AUGACCAGAAUAAAAUGGAUUCUCGACAAGGCGACCGUCGCCCACGAGCCCGGGCUCACCAAUACCCAGUUGAUGUUGACGAACGAUGAUUUACGGCCAGUCGAACCAACCCGACGUCAAUGGAGAUGGCUGAACUACAUUGCAUUCUGGAUCGCGGAUUCGUUAAAUAUUAACACUUGGAUGAUUUCAUCGUCUAUGAUCGUUGAUGGUCUUUCAUGGUGGCAGUCAUGGAUAUGUGUCUGGGUCGGGUAUUUCAUCGCAGCCAUCUUCGUGUGUCUUACCGGUCGCAUCGGUGCGGUCUACCAUAUCUCCUUCCCAGUUACGGCGAGAGCUUCAUUUGGGAUCUGGGGAUCCUUCUGGCCCGUGAUUAAUCGAGUCGUUAUGGCGGUCAUUUGGUACGGGGUACAAGGUUACAUCGGAGGUCAAUGCGUGAGCUUGAUGAUCGAGGCCAUCUGGCCCAGCUAUACGCAUCUGCACAACUCCCUCCCCGCAAGUGCAGGUGUCGACACCAAAGGCUUCGUCAGCUUUCUCAUCUUCUGGCUGCUGUCGCUUCCAGCACUCUACUUCCCUGUUCACAAAGUCCGCCACUUGUUCACCGUCAAAGCAUACUUUUCUCCAAUCGCCGCGAUCGCGUUUUUCGCGUGGGCGAUUUCGCGGGCUAACGGGAUCGGUCCAAUUGUCCACCAACCAAACACCGUCCACGGAAGCGAAUUGGGAUGGGCGGUUGUUAAGGGCAUCAUGACAUGUAUCGGAAACUUUGCCGCACUCAUCAUGAACGACCCGGAUUUCUCCCGGUUCGCGCGGACACCCAAAGAUGCGCUCUGGUCCCAGCUCUUUACCAUCCCCGUCAGUUUUGGCAUCACUUCGUUUAUCGGAAUCAUCGUGUCAUCGUCAUCGUCGGUCAUCUUUGGCGGCGACCCUGUGUGGAACCCACUUGAUCUCUUGGGCAUGUUUCUGAGAGGUGCUAGCUCCGGUCAGCGUUUUGGAAUCUUCGUGAUUGCCACCGGAUUCGCGCUGGCACAGUUGGGAACCAAUAUCUCGGCUAAUUCAGUCUCUGCCGGAACGGACCUGACAGCCCUACUGCCGCGAUAUCUGAACAUCCGACGAGGCAGUUACAUCUGUGCUGCGGUUGGCCUAGCCAUGUGUCCGUGGAAUCUCGUCGUCUCUUCGAACCAAUUCACCACCUACCUCUCGGCCUACUCUCUGUUCCUUUCUGCCAUCGCCGGUGUCAUGAUCUGCGACUACUACAUCGUCCGCCGAGGCUACCUCGAUGUCAAAGCGUUGUACAGCGCGCGCAAAACAGACCCCUACUUCUACACCUACGGCUUCUCCUGGCGCGCCUACACGGCCUACUUUGCCGGUAUUCUGAUCAACAUUGUCGGAUUCGCCGGCGCCGUCGGUCGCCAGGUCCCCGUUGGGGCGCAGUACAUCUACAACAUCAACUAUUUCUCGGGAGUAAUUGUGUCCGGGGGACUGUAUUAUAUCCUGACUCGUGCUUUCCCUGUCCCUGCCACGAGCGACCAGUGGCAUGAAGCUGAUAUCGAUAUUGACUAUUUUUCUGUUGCAUAUGGUCAGGAAGUGGUUGACGAAGAGAAUGGUGCAGACGAACGCGGAAGCACGAUUUCGGACCCGUUGUCCCGGGAGGACCAGAAGGGGCCGAAAUCCGCAUCGACGAAGGUCUGA